AUGUCCGGGAAAAACCAACAAAGAAAUUUAUCAUCAUCCACUUCUGUAGCAGCGGCAGCAGUAGCAGCAGCAGCAGCAGCCAAAGAAAACUCAUUAAACAACAACAAAAAAGGAGAAAAAGAUAAGGACAUCGUUGUUCUUCCAUCAAAAAAAAGAACUAGAACUGAAGAAGAGGAAAAAGAAAACGAAGAUGACAAGGGAAAAGAAUUAAUGACAAAAACUUUCAAUGGUACUGAAAAAGAUAGUUUAAGCGCUGCUGCAUCAUCUUCAAAGGAUAUGCCACAAAGCAAGAAAGUAAAAAACGAUAUUAAAAGUAAUGAUGCAAAACAUGCUGAAGAAAAAAACGGAACUCACGUAGAAAAACCUAAAUUCACGUUUGGUCAAACUUCUGCUUUUUCUAAAGGCUUUGGUAUUAUGCCAAAAUCAGAUACCACUAUUGUUAAUGGUAAUGCCAUUAGUUCGAGUACAGAUGGAUCCCCAAAUACCGAGAGAAAAGAAGAUAAAAAGGUUGCUACUGAUGGUAUUAUAAAACCUUUUGCUUCAUCGACUUCUUUUGGUUCUGGGUUUGGUGCAUUGAAACCAGUAUCCUCAAUAGACUUUAAAGACAGCAAUAGCGUUUCAUCAUUAAAAAGUGACAACAAAUUUACAUUUGGUUCCGGAUCGCAAUUUAGUUCUGGAUUUGCUUUAUUUAAUAAUACUAGUACUGUUGCCACUGAUAAUAGUAGUACCACCACUGCUAAUAACAAUGAUAAUAAUAAAAACGACAAAACUAAGUUUACAGCUGUGCCAGCGAAACCUUUUACCGAUAUUACCAUGUCCAAAUCUGAUACCGGUAAAGAAUGCAAUGGUAAAUCAACUUGCGAAUGUUCCACUAGUGCUACCGCUGUUAAAGAAGGUGAUAAAGAAUCUGGUAACUUCGUGGCACAAAAUAUAAAGUCAGGCGAAGAGAGUGAAGAAUGUAUUUUACAAUCCAAUGCUAAAUUAUACGAAUUAAUUGAUGUUAAGACAGGUUGGAAGGAAAGGGGUGUUGGUGUAAUUCAUGUCAACAAAGAUAGAAUUACUGGAAAAUUUCGUAUUAUUAUGAGGAGUCGUGGGUUAUUGAAAGUUAUUUUGAAUUUACCUUUAGUGCCUGGUUUUAAAGUUAACAAGGGGUUCCCUGGGUCCAUACAGGGAGAAAAAUUUAUUCGAAUUAUUGCAGUUAAUGAGAACAAAAUUCCAGUUCAAUUUGCUAUAAAAUCGGGUAAAAAGGAGAUUAGCGAUGAAUUGUUUGUCUGUAUAGAAACUGCAAUUAAAACGGAAGAAGAUAGACACGAAAAAAAUACAAAAAAGCUGGAAGAAGAAGGGGAGGGAGAGAGAAAACAAGAAGAAGAAGAAGAAGAAAAAGAAGAAAAGGAAAAAGAAAAGGAAAGUCAAGAAAGGAAAUGA